AUGGAACAUGCUAAAUCCAUUACCCUUAGAAGUGGUAAGAAAGUUGAAAGAAAAAUUCCACAAAAAAAGAUUUCAAAAAGAAAUGAUGAAGGCUCUUCAAGCAACGUUUUCAAAGAGCCUAUUCAUGAAUGUAAGAGUAAUGAGGUGAUGCAAGAGCCCCAAGAGAAUGACGGUGAGAAAGUUGUUGCAAAAGAUCCAAUAGUCAUUCUGUACCCACAGAGACUCAAGGCUCCUCAAAAGGGAAGGUGUAAUGUUGAAAUGCUUGAAUUGUUUCAACAAGUGAAGGUGAAUAUACCUUUGCUUGAUGCCGUAAAGCAAGUGCCUGCAUAUGCUAAAUUUUUAAAUGAUCUGUGCACUGUGAAGCGUAAACAUAAUGUGAAUAGUGAAGUCCUUUUGGCUGAACAAGUGAGCUCAAUCUUGAAUGCAACUACACCUCCCAAAUACAAAGACCUUGAGAGCCCGACCAUUUCCAUAGUGAUAGGGGAAUUCAAAUUCGAGCGUGCCUUGCUUGAUUUGGGGGCGAGUGUGAAUCUUCUCCCCUACUCUAUGUAUGAACAACUUGGGUUGGGAGAGUUGAAGCCAAAAAAGAUGACCUUAGAAUUGGCAGAUAGAAGUAUUAGAAUCCCUAAGGGAGUUGUGGAGGAUGUUUUAGUACAAGUGGAUAAAUUCUUUUACCCUAUUGAUUCUGUGGUACUGGAUACUCAACAAGUGGUGACCAAAAAUUCCCACAUCCCCAUUAUCCUUGGUAAACCAUUCCUUGCUACGAGUAAUGCUAACAUCCAAUGCAGGAAUGGUUUAAUGAAAAUCUCAUUUGGGAAUAUGACUGCUGAACAUAACAUUUUUAAUGUCUUGAAGCAAGUUGGAGAUGAUGGUGAUGUGUUUGAAGCUAAUAGCAUUGAUGUUAUUUUGCAGGAACACUUGGAUGCCUUCUCUUGUGAAGACCCUCUUGAAGCAUGCCUGGUGAAUGCUGUAGAGGAUGACUGUGUUGAGAACCCCGAAGCAGAGCACUUUCUCUCUCUUCUCAAUAUAGUUGAGGUCUUUGAAGUUCAUGGUUGGACUCCUAAAUUUGUGGAGUUAACUCCUUUCAAAACUAAAAUUUUACCAUCUUAUGUCCAACCACCCAAGCCUGAGCUGAAACCAUUACCAUCACAUUUAAAAUAUUCUUUUUUGGGUGAGGGAGAGACUUACCCUGUGGUGAUCUCCUCUACCUUAGAGGAAGCCCAAGAGGCCAAAUUGUUAGACUUGUUGAGACCCCAUAGAAGUGCUAUAAGAUGGAGCAUAGCUGAUAUCAAGGGUAUUAGCCCCUUGGUCUGCACGCAUAGGAUUUACCUUGAGGAAGAUGCCAAACCUUCUCGCCAACCACAGCGUAGAUUGAACCCUAUAAGGAAGGAGGUAGUUAGGAAGGAAGUCCUGAAACUUUCGGAUGCGGGUAUCAUUUACCCCAUCGCUGAUAGCAAGUGGAUGAGUCCCACUUAA